AGUCUGCGACCAGAGAAGAUGAAGGAAAAGCAGCAACGUAGAAGAAGAAAUGAAUGUUUAUUCUCUGCCCGCUGGCUGAUGUUACACAGCAUCCCGUUACUGCUGCUCCUUAAAAGCAACUUUAACCAAGAAUAACGUUACAUAUAUGUGUACUGUCAUUAUUGAAUAUUAAGAAAACGCCACCUUGAUGUGUUUGCUGCCGUGACUAAGAUGGCAGGUAGGAGCAGGCUGCUGCCCUGUCUGUGUCUGGGGCUGUUUGGUGUCCUCUGCUGGGUCUGGGUCUCCUUUGCCUCCUUUCCUGAUGACCAGCUUCACCUGGAGACCCUGGACGCAGUGGACCGAGGAGCUUUCCAGCCCCAGAGUGCUCUGUCAGACAUGGAGUUUGCCUCUCUGGCUACCUACAGAGGGCCUGGCAACGCUGACCGCCGCAGUAACAAGGAGCUGCCCAUUCUCCUCUGGUGGAGCGGGGGGCUGUUCCCACAUUUCCCUGGUGACACUGAACGCAUCGACUGCGCCACGUCCUCCUGCCUGGUCACAAGCAAUCGCAAGGUGCAGCUGUACAAGCGGACGACAUCCAUCAUCUUUUACGGGACAGACUUCAGGGCAUAUGAGGCACCACUCCCUCGUCUCCCACACCAGACCUGGGCACUGUUCCAUGAAGAGUCACCCAUGAAUAACUACUUCCUCUCUCAUGGACCAGGCAUCCGGCUGUUCAAUUACACCGCCACGUUUAGCAGGGAAUCGGACUAUCCUCUGACCCUGCAGUGGCUGCCCUCGCUGGAGUACUUGCUGGAGCCUGUAGCCGUGUCCCUGGAGGAGAAGAACCGCCUGAGGAGGGAGGGCCUGGCUCCUUUGCUGUACAUGCAGUCUCACUGUGACGUGCCAUCAGACAGAGACAGAUAUGUGAAGGAGCUCAUGAAGUACAUUGAGGUGGACUCCUAUGGGAAAUGCUUGAACAACAAACCUCUACCUCAACACUUGGAGGACACAGCCACUGCUACUGGCGAGGAACCUAAAUUCAUGAAUUUUGUUGCACGCUACAAGUUCCACCUGGCUCUAGAGAAUGGCCUGUGUCCAGAUUACAUGACCGAGAAGCUGUGGCGGCCUCUCCAUCAGGGCUGUGUGCCCGUCUAUCGAGGCUCCUCCGGGGUGGCCGACUGGAUGCCCAAUGAUCACUCCGCGAUCGCCAUCGAUAACUUCCCCUCACCAAAAGCUCUCGCUGACUUUCUCAAACGUCUCGAUGAGAAUGAUGAUGAAUAUUCCAAAUAUUUAGACUUCAAAAACCACAGGCACAUUACUAACAUUCAUCUGCUGGAGGCACUAGAGACCCGCGAGUGGGGGGUUAACGACAUGAGUAAACCCAACUACUUGAAUGGAUUUGAAUGUUACGUGUGCGAUCAGGAGAACGCGCGGUUAGCGGCAGAACGAGCACAUAGAAAAGCCCCUAAGAAAAAUCCACAUCCUCAGCCUAAAAUGGCCAGUAACUCUCACAUGGGAUGUCCACUGCCCAGUCCAGGCUACGGAGACGUCCAAGAUUUACCUGCGAAUGAUGGAUGGUUGCAAAUAUGGCCUCAGGAUUACUGGCAGAGCCUCGACCAAGCAGAGGGGCUGGAGUCUCUGAUAAGACAUAACGAGUCAGACCCUUCUCUGCUGUGGAAGCACAUCCAAAACAUUGCUGUGAGCAGAGCCAGAGGAAAACACUGACACAGGCCUCGAAACAAACAGACGAUGGAGCACGUCCAGGAUUACAGGGGUGUCACAUACAAUGCGUCUCCUCUGUUUAAAUGAGGGAAUGGGGCUGACGCUACUCAUAUUUUUGCACCUGAGCCAAAACCCCUUUUACCCUUGUGAGUAGUUUAGUUAUAUGGGAACAGAUUCUGAUAUUCUACUCAGCUGACAUGAUACGUUUGUCGUUAUCCCAAAUCCACUAAUAGGAAAAUAAUGUUUUAGCAUGUUACAUGCUAAUAUUUAGUUUUAAUACCAUAACUGAGGUGCCAUUAUUGCCUUUACUCCUCCUUGGUUUGCUAGCAUUAACUGCAUACAGUGCAGUUAUUCCAGACAGGCACAUUCUCAUGGGAUGCAGACUUUCAUUGGACUGGGGCAGAGCCAAAGACUUGUCCUCUGUAACAGGGCGGCUCUGCCUAACUGUGUGUGAAGACCAUCGAGACAGUAGCCGGUGAACUUCAUUAGCUCCUUUACAGUUACUCAGCAGGUAGCUGCUGGCUAUCAGCUAGAGUCACAUUUUUGUAAACCACUUUUUUAAAUGACUAUGCAAGGAAAACAUUUCACCAAGGAGGGGAGAAAGGAAAAUGAAGAGUUAGGUGCAACUUUCCAGUGGAGGAAAUAGCCACUCCAUUUGUGAAACAGUCCUCAGUAAGAACUGAGCUCUGAGUUUUUGUUGUAGAUACUUUAGUACGCUGCUCCUUUUUUCUGUUACAACAUGCUAAGAUCACAUUUAUGUGCAAUAAUUUCCAAUCAUGCUUUUUCCUAAAACCCCACAGCAGUCUUGUUUAUCUACUAGCACACUACGUUUGUAUUCCAUGUUUGUACCAGGAUUAUAGAAAUCACUUUAUUUUGUUAAAGCAUCAUGUGAACACAGUGUUUUGUAUCAAGAAGAAGUAAACAUUUUGUAACAAAGUCAUUUUCUAAUGUAUAAUAUUGUACCCCACUUGCCAGUUUUCGUCUGUUCAGUUAUGUACGUAACACACUGUGUCGAACAGACAUAUCCUUCAUAGUAAACGGAGGCAGAAACAGCUUUCACCACUAAGAAAACAAAAAAUAAUCUUGUGUAACAUGUUUGACAGCAGAAAUGCAGCACAAUGUACGUGUCAACAUUCAGUAAUCAAAUUCACUAUGACAGUCUCUUUGGUCACCUUAAACUAUUAUAAUCCUAAGUUCAAACCAAACUCGGUCCAAACUUUGUGAAAGCAGUUCUCACUUUAUAUGUAAAUGAACAUGAAGGAAAGGGGACGUGGAUAAGAGGCUGCUGAAGAGCUUCGAUAAUCAGAUGACUUCGGAGUAGCAGCUCUCGCAGUGGACUUUCCCAUUGUGUAUGAACAUGCUGUAGAGAAGUUCUCCCAUAGGCUUAGUGCACACAUCACACUGAGAAACAGAACAGAGCGUCAUUAGAAAAUGUAAUCAUGAGAAAAUACAGUGAAGUGCACCACUUAUGUCGUUGAAAUUCUGUGAUUUUUUUUUUUUCUGAAACCAUAAUUAAGAAAAGUAUUGUAGCUUGGAAACCCAGUAAAGUGGUUAAACCUUU